AUGGCGUCUAAAGAACCCGAAAUUACCCUGUACUUUCUCGGCGCCAGUCGCGCUAUCCGCAUCGCCUGGCUGCUCGAGGAACUGUCUUUGCCGUACGAACUGGUAUCCUCGCCGCGAGCAUCAAAUGGCCUUGCUCCGCCGGAGUUCAAGGCGAAGAUCCCCACAAAACUAGGAAAGAGUCCGGUCAUCAAAGAUGGCAAUAUCGUGAUACAGGAAAGUGCCGCGAUCGCAGAGUAUAUCUGUGAAACAUACGAUACUUCAUGUCGGUUACUCCCCAAAGAACCAGCCGCUAGAGCGAAAGUCAGGGAAUGGAUGUCCGCUGCAGAAGGAACGUUUAUGAUCCACGGGCUCGCUAUUCUUUACGCGCGAUGGAGUCUUCCAGAACCAGCUAAAGAGUAUCUCCCGGAAAUGGAGAAGGGUUUGUCGACGAAUGUGCACAACGACUUUGAUUGGUUUGAGUCAGAACUUGAGGGCAAAGAGUACCUUGUUGGCAAGACCGUGACGGCUGCUGAUAUCCUCAUGGGUUUUAAUAUCGAGUUCAUCUUUGCGAGGAAGUUAGGUACUGAGGGUGGGGAUUGGCCAAAUGUGACGAAGUGGUUGAGUAGGGUACAGCAACGGGAGGCUUAUAAGAAGGCGGUGGAAAAGUCGGGAUAUUCUUUGUAA